AUGGCGGACCAGGAGCGCCAGCAUGCGUUGGCUUCGUUCAAGGCGAAGCUGAUCGAGUCACGAGAGUGGGAGGCAAAGCUCAAGAACUUGCGUCUGGAGCUCAAGGGACUACAAAAGGAGUACGACCAAACAGAAGACAACAUCAAGGCGCUGCAAAGUGUCGGCCAAAUUAUCGGCGAGGUCCUCAAGCAACUGGACGAUGAGAGGUUUAUUGUCAAGGCUUCCUCCGGCCCGAGAUACGUUGUCGGCUGCCGAUCAAAGGUCGACAAGGCGAAACUCAAGCAGGGAACACUAUACAACAUGUCGCUCGAGGAUCCAGGUCAAGUCAGCUUCGCGGGUAUCGGCGGUCUGAACGAUCAGAUUCGCGAGCUCAGAGAGGUUAUCGAACUGCCCCUCAAGAACCCAGAGCUGUUCUUGCGAGUCGGUAUCAAACCUCCCAAGGGUGUCUUGCUCUAUGGCCCCCCAGGUACCGGAAAGACACUACUAGCCAGGGCUGUCGCGAGCAGCUUGGAAACCAACUUCUUGAAGGUUGUCUCCUCCGCCAUCGUCGACAAGUACAUCGGUGAAUCCGCUCGACUUAUUCGCGAAAUGUUCGGCUAUGCCAAGGAACACGAGCCCUGUAUCAUCUUCAUGGACGAGAUCGACGCCAUCGGUGGCAGGCGUUUUAGCGAGGGUACAUCCGCCGACAGAGAAAUCCAGCGUACACUUAUGGAGCUCCUCAACCAGCUCGACGGCUUCGACUACCUCGGCAAGACCAAGAUCAUCAUGGCGACGAACCGCCCCGAUACCCUCGACCCCGCGUUGCUGCGUGCCGGCCGUCUAGAUCGCAAGAUCGAGAUCCCUCUGCCCAAUGAGGUCGGCCGCCUGGAGAUUCUCAAGAUCCAUGCCUCCGGUGUGGUUAUUGAGGGCGAUAUCGACUACGAGAGUGUUGUGAAGAUGAGCGACGGCUUGAACGGUGCUGAUUUGCGUAACGUGGUUACUGAAGCUGGUCUUUUUGCGAUCAAGGAUUACCGCGAUGCGAUCAGCCAAGACGACUUCAACAAGGCGGUGCGCAAGGUCGCCGAGUCCAAGAAGCUUGAGGGCAAGCUCGAAUACCAGAAGCUAUAA